AUGGUGGCGACUAGACGUAAAAAAGCCGAAACGAAAAAACAUUGGAGACUUGCGUGUAAAGCAUCACGUUUUAUUGCAAUACUGAACAAGCCAAAAAUGAAACACGUGAGUGAUUCUUUUUUUUUUUAAUAUUUUUCUUUAAUUAAUGUUUUUCAGUUCGAGGAAAUACCAAUCGAGGUGAGAAGUGUGAUUGUUGAUAAAAUGCGCCCCGAAGACAGGUAAUGUUCGACAUAUUUUCAUUAUAUAAAAAAAAAUUAAUAUCAUAUUGCAGAUGCCGAUUUGCUAGAUGCUCAAGAUUGUGUGAAAAUCUUGCGAAGACUUCGAUUUUCUACAUGUAUGGAUUGGCUUUUUCUUCUUCGACUCCAAACAAAUACACAAUCACAGUUCAACAUCAUAGAUAUGAUCGAAAUCCUGGAAGUCGUAAUCAAAAAGAUUACAAAAUCAAAUUCGAAAAGCAAGGAAGAAAAAAACAAAUGAGAAUGUUAGUUUAUUUUUUUAAAAUUAUUUUCCAAGUGUCCACAAUCUUUUCAUUAAUCCAAAUGAAUUUUUCAGCAAAACUCCUGCCAAAACGUUGGUUUAUCCACUUGCCAAGAACACAAAUCUUCUCGAAGCUGCGGUUGAAAAGUUCGAAAAACUGGUCAAUGACAAUGCGAGGUGCCUCCGAUAUUUGGAAGUUUCGUGUGCUGAAUUGGAUGAGAGACAAUUCAAUUUCAAUGAAAUAUCAAGAUUGGAAACCUUGAGCAUGAGAUAUUUGAAUUUGGAUCUUGUGCGCAGAUUCCAUUAUCCGUUGAAAACGUUGCAUCUUGGCGAAUCAUUCCAUGAUGUUACUAUUGAAUCUCUUGGUUUGAUGCCAUACGUGAGCGGUGUUUUUUUCUAGAUUCUUCAUUUGAAUUUUUCGUUUUUCAGAUCUUCCUAACUCAGGACAUGUUAAGUGGCUGUUUUGAUUUCACACUCCACCAACUUAUACAAUUGACUGCUGACAAAAUCAGAGUAUCAAUUGGAGGCUGGAAUGCCAGAACAUGUUACGAUUUGAUUUAUCACUGGAAACGUGCAAUUGAUCCCCGCAAAAGAUGGUACUCUUUGGGAAUUCAACAUAAUCCUCAAAGAAUUAUUCGAGGAUUGAUUUCAAUGUUGAAUCUUCACAUUGACGAUGUGAGCAGGUAUAAAACAAUUCAACUUUCAUAGUUUAUGAUUGAUACAUUUUUAGAGCUCGUAUUCGAAUUUAUGCUGGAAGUUUCAAUGGAAAAUCUGCAAAAUUGCAAUUCCUUGGCGACGGCAUAUUUUUCGCCUACCCCUUCGAGGCAUAUGACUUGUCUGACAAUGACGAAGAAGAUUUCCCACACGUCGAUUAUACUUGCAUCAUCUAA